GUGCCUUUGUUUACAAUGCACAUGUAGCGUGCAUAGUAGAGAGCAUUGCUACAGACAUUUCUGAGAUGGAAUAACUGAGGGAGGAGGCCACUGCCGUUUUGCCUUGUGCAAAACGGCACCACCAACAUACACAUUGUACAGAAGAAUCUUAAUUUACACAUGGUUACACUCGGAACAACAGAUGUUACGUGAGUUUGUGAAUAAUUGACCACAACUGACACAAGUUUUGCUCCCGCUCUGGUAAACUGAAAUAUCGUCUACCGCUACACCGAUUGAUCUUUUCCAUAUAUCACAUUUUCAACUUGCAGGUCAUGGCUUUAAGUUAUAUAAAUCCAUCAUUCUGAUAGACUCUGGAGUCUUGAAGUUGAUUAUUGCCUUAGGACUUUGAGAGAUUUUCGUCAAUUCAUGGUAUCUGGAUACUUGCUGCAGCGUUGGAGAAGAAUUCUUCGUGAGGAAAGGAGGCAUCAAAAUGGACCUGACAAGUUCGUCACGCUUAGCAAACUCGAGAAGUUUUGCAGCGGCUAGCGUGCCCCAUUUACACUGGCAUCCCCUGCCCUCAUCAACACGCCCUAGAAACAGGAGUAUUACGGGGACUGAUGGAGCUGGAGGUACACCGACCGGACCUAAACUAGCCAAAGGUAAAUCAGUCCAUCAUCAUCAUCCUGGGCAGCCUGGGCUAGUGCAUGGAGGUAGCAGAAAGACAAUUACAGAGCCUCAAAAUGUGAGAAGGAAAUCCCCUCAACAUCAGGCCGUCAUACCUGCUGCUGUCGGGGAAAUUGCAAAGGCCAGUGGCGGUGAAUCUGAGAAAAAUAUCCAUCACAGAUAUGUUGAUCAUCAUCACCAUCACCAUGAUAUCACACCGUUGCAAAGGUCAAUUGCUUCUGGAGUUGGGACAGUUUUCAUGUCGGUGACAAUGAACCCUCUUGAUGUGGUAAAGGUCAGACUCCAAGCUCAGUGCAAAUUAUUAACCAAUAAUGGAAAUUCAACAGGAAAUCACUCAAACCAGGUAGGGAGAAUGUCCCCCAAACCCAUCUCAGGAAUCUACAGAGAUCUUGCCACCUCAUCCUCGUUAAGUGAGAAAGGAUACCAGCUCAAGACUGCCAGACUGACUGGAACUUUUGAUGGAUUCAGAUCAAUCAUAAGGAAUGAAGGUUUCACAAGAUUGUGGAGUGGUCUUGUUCCAACAUUAAUGAUGCGAAUUCCAGCCAACGUGAUGUAUUUCACUGUCUACGACGGUCUGAAGAGUCAGCUAGGCUUUGAAUCCAGUCACUCCAGUGACCUGAAGAGCAUCCUCAUCACCAUCUUUGCCAGCGGUACUGGGAGAACCAUGUCGAUUGUGUUGACAAGCCCUCUAGACCUGAUCAGGACCAAGCUUUAUUCUCAGUACCUGACCUACCCCGAGCUAGGGCGCUGUCUGAGAUCUGGAUUCCAAGCAGAAGGUGUCUUCUCUCUCUGGAGGGGUGUUGGAUCAACGAUCCUGAGAGAUGUACCUUAUGCAAUCCUGUAUUGGACCAACUAUGAGCUGCUCAAGACUCAGGUCAUGAAGGUGUAUGAUGUGUCGGAAGCAACUCUGGCAAUGACCUUUUGGGCUGGAACAGCAUCAGGAGUGUUUGCAUCUAUAGUUACAACACCUUUUGAUGUUGUGAAGACCAACAAACAGGUUGCAAUUGGAGAUGUAACAAGUGGUGCAAUGAGUAAGACCAGACAGAAUACAUUCUACAUGAUGCAGCAGAUACGGGCUCAGUCUGGCAUCAAAGGACUAUUUGCUGGUGUGGGACCUAGGGUUGCAAUGUCGGCACCGGCCAGUGCAAUACUGAUCACAUGCUACGAGUUCACCCUCCACAUGUUCCGAGACUACAAUGAGAAAGAAUGUGGCCUUACGUGAGACGACCUUCCUCCUCCGAAGUUCAACUUCCCCUCAGGAUUUGUCAAAGAAAUUUGACACAAAUUCUAUUCUUUUGCUGUCUGCAGCAUAUCAUGUAAAUAAUAAGCUCUAUUUUGUGUGAGUGCAGAUAUUGACUGAGAUUGUCCGCACUCUUAAUUCUAUGUAAAUCAAAUUACAUUUUAAGAUUCAAAAGAUUUAUGUAAUAAAUUCAACAGCAUUUCCCAAAGAGUUCCCGAUUCAUUUACCAUCAGAUUUGUAUAUAUGAAACGUAUCAUUUCCGGAUGAUUCUUUUUCAUGAAAGAUAUUUUUUUGAGAGUAUCUUAUUGAAAAAGUUUUUUCUAUUUUCAAAUGGCUCUUUGCUAAAAUAAACCAAGCAAUGCAUACUUAAUCAGAGGUCUACUGUGUGAUUUUAUAUUUGAUUACGAAGGAACUUGGUGUGUAAUUUGUAUAUCUAUUACGGAAUAAACCAAAGAGGCGGUGAGUCAAUGGUUUUGUUCAUCUCGUCAAUUCCCACCAUUCUUUUGGAACCAUGUGUGUGCCGACAUUGUCUUUUAUACUGUCUUCCAGUGUUGUACUGCUUAGAAUAUAGCAUUGUUUAUGCAGGUUUUUUAAAGCAGUUUUAUGCAGGUUUUUUAAAGCAGUAAGGCCUUCAAUACUGUUUUUUUUUUUUUUAAACAAAUUCUAUGAAACUUUAUUAAUACAUGUAGUUUAUGAUUAGUUCUAUGAUUUACAUGUAUGUUGAAAGGUGAUCACUGACGAUACUACCACUACCACUACUUAAGAUCAUAUUAUAAUAAAAUUAUAUGGCUUUGUUUUCGUGUGAUACAAGAAUAUAUUGCUCUUGCUAUGACAAUAUCGGACUCGUCUCCGACUCGUUCAAUAUUGUCAUAGCUCGAGCAAUAUAUUCUUGUAUCACACUCAAGGCCAUCCAAUAUUAUAUAAAUCUCUUCACAUGUUAGAGGUAUCAUGUGCAUAUUUUGUUAAUAUUGGAUGAUUUCAAAAUGUUGGUAUUUAAAAAAACUAAGGUGAGGAUCUGUUUUUAAAAGUAUGUUUCAUGUGCACUCACUUUGGUUCAGUUCUUUUACAAGAAUGGCUUUGAAAUAGUGUCAAACCUUUAUCUUAGUAGGUUUUAAUUCUGUUUAAAAUAUUGUCAGUAAUUUAAUUGAACCAUGUAUAAGCUGUAAUCAACUUUGGGUUUUAUUAGAUGUCUGUUACAGAAUUUGCAGCAUAAUAGUUCACACUGCUGGCAGUAUGAACUUUACAAAAAAUUAUAAUAUUUUUUCUGUAGAUUUAUUUUUAUUCAUUACAAUAACAAUUCAAAUUUUAUUUACAAUUAAAUUGUUUUAAAUUUUAGAUGAAAUAAUGCAACAAGUAACUGCCUCUUUUUUAAUUGCAAUAAAUCUAAAUGCCUUUAAAUAUUUGACACCACUUUCCAAAGAGUUGAUCUCACUUAACAUUUCAUAUGUAAUUUUGAUGGUUUAUUUUCUCUUUGUUAGGCAGUUCACAUAAUGAUAUAGAGUUGAAGUAUAGAUUGGUAACUAACUUGAACAAUUUGAUAAGGUAGACAUCAACUACAUGUAUAAAUUUUAGGGGGAAAUUAUACAAAGUAAAAAAUAUAUGUAUUUUCCAGAAUGUAAAAGGGCUGUGGAAGAUUAACUUAGGGCAGGUAAUGGUUAACUUUUAAGCAACAGAAUUUUAGUAAAUGAUCAGAGGCAAAACAAAAUGUUUGUUAUCAGUUAAUGAUUGGUCCCGCAUUAUUUUCCAAAUAAAAUGCAAGAUGGAAAAUGCUUUUUGUUUGUGUUUAGAGAAUAUUCAUUCUUUUAUCAGCUUCUUGCCAGACUCUCUUUAGUUGCAAAAGCAUCAUAGUUUUGUACUAUAUAAUAUUUAUCAUCAACUUGCACUAUAAUGUUUUUUCAAAUAGGGCAUGGCUCUCUUUUACCGAGGAAUUUAUUUUCUUAAAACUUCAAAUCAGUUCAUUUUAUUUAUACACUGAGCUUAUGUCAGCUAGUGGCAGAUUAAGUGUUUAAAACACAGUAUUUAAGGUGUUAAAAUAAAAGAAAGGCGGUUAAUUAAUACAUUUUAUGUUGUUUUUACAAAUUUUGCUUGUUUUUAUGAUUUUUUUAUUUAAUUAUUAUCUUAAAGUUAUUAAUUUUAUAAAUCUAACUCUUCUUGUCUUUUCUCCAAAAUGGCUCACAUGAGGAAAGCCUAGAAAUGUUGUCUUUGUGUUUAUUAUAUUCUUGAAUGUUUGGUUCAAUAGCAGUUUUCCUAUCAUAACAGUUAAAGAUUUCAAAUAAAUUGCGGAACACGCCAUUUUGUCCAAACCAUGGAGGAAUUUAUACAUAUCGGGAAUUCACCUAUUUGUGUGCAUUUUUUGUAGAUUGAACCUGAAACAAUUAUGUUCUUGAAUUUAUCAAUUUCACUUUUGGCUUGACAAGUAUUAAAAACAGUUGUAAAUAUUUAG